AAAUAAUCUUUGGACAACAUCAAUAAAUUUGCAAAAUAAUCAUAGUGAAAAUAACAAUAACAAUGAAAAUAAUGAAAAACAACCAGAUCCAAUGCUUUAUGAACCUGAAAAAAUUCCACCUACAGACAAUAUAGCUGUUUGUCAAUUGCACUUACGCGCCUAUGUAGUAGGUCCAAUGGAUUUUUUUAUAGAUUUUGCCAGACGUGCAGCUCACGCAUUAAAAAUGCCAUGCUCGGGUCCUGUCUAUCUACCCACUCAAACAACUCGUUGGACUGUACCGCGUGGUUCUUUUAUCCAUAAAAAAUCUCAAGAAAACUUUGAACGUAAAACCCAUAAAAGAUUGUUAGAAAUAAAGGAUGCAAAUAAAGAUGUUGUUAAAAGAUGGCUAUGGUAUUUAGCCAAUAAUUGUCCUCCUGGUAUUGGUAUGAGAGUUACACUUUGGGAAUGGGAAGAAUUAGAUUUCUCAAAAAAGAAAAAUAAAUUUCAAGAAAAAAUUGAUCCAAAACAAAUUGCUGAUAUUAAAUAUUUUCUUGAGAUUGCACGUAGAAAAGAUGCAAAAUCUGUUCGUAUUAAGAAAAAUGGUGUAUCAAAGGUGAAAUUUAAGCUUAGAUGUUCAAGAUAUUUGUACACUUUUGUAAUUGAAGAUGCAGAGAAAGCAGAAAAAUUACAAAAAUCUCUUCCGCCUGGAUUGGCGGUCAGUGAUAUUAAUACAAGCAAGAAAAAGAAAAGAGAAUAA